UCAAACCACGUGCUUGUACAGCUGACCAAAAUGAACCAAAGACCCGUUUGGUGGAUCAUUCUGGGACGUAACGGAGGUGGGUGACACUUCUCUGUCUCCAACAGUCAACAAUUCCUCCCCCUUCCAAGUUCAACCUUUGGAAUGUUAUCGCUGUGUAUAUAAUAUUAGGCAGAGACGGCUAAGUUAUGAUACUAUUAUUACCUCAGAGCCCUUUAUCGUCUACAUAGCCCGGUCUUUUUACCCUUCUUUUGAUUCUUCUUCGAGGAAACAAUCCAAGCGAGCAGAGUCUAAGUUCUAUUCCUUCAAUCUUUCAGCCGCCUUUAUUCAGGUUGGUGAAUUACAGCUUGUGGAUUGUGCUUCUCAGAGCUAUGUACUGUUUGUCUAGCUAUUCUUGGCUGCAGCCUAAAUAAUCGUAAUGCCUCCUUUAAUGCUUGGUGUUGAAACAUGAAAUUUGAAUGUUAUAGUUCGUUGAGAGCAGCAGCCAUUGUGUUGAGUCUGCUAUUGUUGGUGCAAUUGUCUAGAGGAGUUACCUCUGGGUUGUUGAUACACUCGAAGCCUUGUGGAAAUUAUCAUCUCAGCUAUUCAAGUGGUCCUGGUCAUGAAUUGUUAUACAUAAAUGGGAAAUUGGUAAACAAGGAUUUGUUCUGCAAGGCCCUCAAAUUGUUCCAUGCAAAUCAUUGCUUCAAUAUAGGAGACCUCAGAAAUAAAUACUGCCGAUCAGAUCAUUCAUUAGAUGAGUUACGCCUGGUGGCAGGAAGAAAGUUUUUGUGGGAGGCGGGUAGAGAAGAAUUUACAGGACAAAAUUUUGGUCAGAAAAGCCAGGCGAAUAAAGAAAAAGAUACUCACAAAUCUCUCUUGACCACAAAUAGGUUGGCCAUGGCAGUCCCAGGAGUUUUCAUUCUGUGUUGCAGUUUACUUUGCCCCUGCUUUCGGGCAAGGAGGAGAGAUACUUCCCAUGUUGUUCUUGUGAAGGAACAAAGUUCAAUGGAUUCCGUUUCGUCUUUGGAAAUGAAUUCGGUUGCUGAAAAGAUUCCAGCAAGUCCAACGCGAGUGCCACCUAGUCCUUCUAGAUUUUCCAUUUCGCCAAAGCUUAAUAGAGUUGGAUCAGUUCAUCUCAAUAUGAAUCAGGUUGCUAGAGCUACUCACAAUUUCUCAGCAACAUCUAAGUUAGGUGAAGGAGGGUUUGGAACUGUCUACAAGGCUCAGCUACCAGAUGGCCAGGUAGUUGCCAUAAAACGAGCAAAGAAGGAAUACUCCGAAACUCUAGCAACUGAAUUCAGAAGUGAAGUUGAACUCCUGGCAAAAAUUGAACAUCGAAAUCUAGUGAAGCUACUUGGCUAUGUCGAUAAAGGAAGUGAGCGUAUUCUCAUCACGGAGUAUGUGCCGAAUGGGACUCUUAGAGAACAUCUUGAUGGUCAGCGGGGCAAAAUCUUGGAUUUUAAUCAGCGACUUGAAAUCUCUAUUGAUGUUGCUCAUGCCCUAACUUAUCUCCACGUAUAUGCAGAGAAGCCAAUUAUUCACCGUGACGUUAAGUCAUCCAAUAUUCUUCUGACAGAGAGCAAGAGAGCAAAAGUUGCCGAUUUUGGAUUUGCAAAGCUUGGAGAGCUGGACAAUGAUCAAACACAUAUUGUAACCAAAGUGAAGGGGACAAUAGGUUACCUUGACCCAGAGUAUAUGAGGACUCAUCAACUCACCACAAAAAGCGAUGUGUUCUCAUUUGGGAUUUUAUUAUUAGAAAUUCUGACGGGCCGUCGUCCUGUGGAAUCAAACAGACCUACUGAUGAGAGGGUGACACUUAGAUGGGCCUUCAAAAAGUACAAUGAAGAAAAUGUAAUGGAGUUGGUGGACCCUCUAAUGAAUGAAGCAGUAGACCAGGAGAUCCUAUUGAAGAUGGUUGGUUUGGCAAUCCACUGUGCAGCACCGACGCGAUCGGAUCGUCCAGACAUGAAGGUAGCGGGAGAACAGCUGUGGGCAAUUAGAAUGGAGUAUCUAAGGAGUGGAAGGAGAGAGUAAUUAACGCCAAAUUGGGAGUGGCUUUUCAGACUCUCAAAACUAUAUUUUACUUAUUGUAUAAAAAACCUCUUCACACAAAAUGUACUUGGGUGUUCUCUCUCUUUCUCUUUUUUAAUUCCAUUUAUCAUUCUUAAAACUUGUUUGGCUGCUUUUUAUUUUCUGAGAAACUUCUAAUGGAGAAUUCAGAAAUCCUAAGUGCCAAAUUAAAU